ACAAGGGUGCAGGGCCUAUUCUCCCUUUCAGUAAGUUCUGCAGAGAGGAUCAGGCCAGUGCUGGCAGUUCACAUGGGCUUUGGCUCUAAAAUGUCAUAGUUUUGGAUUACUGAGAUACAGGCCUCUUGCAACUUUCCCUCCUGAAUCCUAGCUGAGCCCAUUUCAGGCAUCUUUCUCUGCAGCUGUGUUGUUAAGCAUGGGGCAGCAGCCCUUUGCGUUUAGAGGCUAGCAGUGUAGUUUCCUUAGAUGGUGAUGGCUUUGUACAAGCAGAAAGGAGAGAGCACAGCACAGGCUUAGCCACUUACAAGAAAAAUACUCAACUCUCCCCACCUUCUGGAUUUCUGAGGUAAACAUUCAUUUCUACAGGAUGUUUGGUUCUUGCCAGAAUGGUUCUGCUCUGAAUAGCAGACAUAUAGCUAAAAUUAUAUCAGGAACACCAGAGCUGGUGGGAGGGGGAGAACAGCUAGUGGUUGUCCUAGGAGGGCUCUGCAGCCGUUUCAAUAGUUGCAGUAGAGCUGAUUCUGACUACCACAGAGGUAGGUUCAAGGCUGAGGCUUCCAACUGCUGCAGCCUCAUACUUAAUGAGAUGUAGUCCAGUCUGACUACUGGGAAUGUCCAUUUACUGGAGCCAGCAGCCACCUAUCUUCUUGAUGGCUUUGCAGGGCAGCAGGCCUAUGCUCAACAAUCUACUUCUUGACAAGUCUUUCAAGUGCCACUGCUCAGAUCCCCCAGGAGAGCCAAUCCCCUCCAGGCAAGAGGAAGGGAAGCAAACAUCCAGGUCACUGCAAAGAGCACAGGGUGAAGUCUGCAACAUGAUUAACAAGAAGUAUAACGAGUUCCUCCCGAGCAUGCAGAGCGCUGAGGACUUGGUGUCACAAGUGGACAGUCUAUCCGGCAACAUCGACCUACUGAAAUCCAGGAUCGAAAAUGAGGUCCGGCAAGAUCUGAACGUGGCCAUUGCGGAAUUUACUGAGUUGAAGCAGCAGCUGGAGCGAGACUCGUUAGUUCUGAGUGUGCUGAAACAGCUACAAGAGAGCCACUAGAAUCAAAGCAAGGGACAGGUUUAAGGAGCAGAGCCAUCCCCAGGGUGACAUGCCAAGCAAAGAAGAGUCCAGGACAAACGUAUCCCCACUCUGAAGCUCUGUCCCAGUUAAUAUGUAGUUACAGUGGAUCAGCAUGAACUGGAAAGACGGAGGGAGCCAUCCAACCUGCCUGUUGCCAAGGCCUGUAAGGAGGCAUCUCCAGCAUCCCAGGAAAAGGUCUAUUGCACAGGAGUAAACGCAAGGCUAUUUAAUUUUCGCAAGGGCCGCUGCUCUCCUCUCUGUGUUCUGGAACAAGGCUCGGAUUAAAC